AUGUCUUUAAGUUUACAUACGAAUUAUGGUGAUAUAAAAAUGGAACUGUUUUGCUACGAAGUCCCCAAAACAUGCAAAAACUUUUUAGCCUUAUGCGCCUCGGGGUAUUACGACAACACAAAGUUUCACAGAAAUAUCAAAGGUUUUGCCAUACAGGGGGGGGAUCCAACAAAUACGGGAAAAGGUGGAGAGAGCAUUUACGGCAAAUAUUUUGACGACGAAUUUGAUUCAACUUUAAAGCACGACAAAAGAGGAAUGGUAUCCAUGGCAAAUAGGGGAAAACCAAAUACGAAUGGAUCCCAGUUUUUUAUAACGUAUUCUAGACAACCACAUCUUAAUGGGAUCUAUGCUGUUUUUGGAAGAGUAAUCGAUGGCAUGGAUGUUCUAUCCGUUCUUGAAAAUGAACCGGUAGGGGAGAAAAACAAACCAAUAAAGGAUAUUAUAAUUGAGUCAGUGACCAUACAUGCAAAUCCCAUUGCUGAAGAUGAAUCUCUGUGA